AUGCAAUACCUAAAGAACUCCAAGAAGAAGAAGGUGGUCAACCAAAGCCAGAUGAAAAAGAUGAAGGUUGACAAGAAGACCCGGGUUUCCAAGCAUGUUGUGGAUGAUGUGGUUAACCCCAUCUACCAAACUGUGAGCACUUGGGUUGCCGCCUCUGAAAAGAGCAGGGCACAGUUGAACAACAUUUGCGGGCGAUUGGUGAGCAUCGGCGCCCCCGUUGUCUUGCUACAGCUCAUCACUAUGGUGUUCCUUUCUACAGGUGGGAUCACGGAGUCAUUAGACAUGGUGGAAUAUUUUGCUGGUGAGCAGGCAGUAACUCGAGCCUGGGCACAGGCAGGCUACCGGAGCUGCCCAUUCGAGAUCAAACUCAACAGCAUGGCAGACAUCUUGUCUACACCGGGGUUCUGCAUGGCUUUACUCAUGGCGCUGAUGACCAAGAAUUUCGGCUUCGCAAUGAUCGCAACUGUGUGCAGCACAUGGGUGUUUGUCAACAGAUCCACGAGUCGCCGAACAGUUUGGUCACCACUAGGUGACGAAAGGGUCAAGAGUGUGGCAUUAGCAAAUGUCAUGGUGAGCAGAAUGUCACUGAUAUUGUGGGUUUUGGAGGCAAAGAGAUGCCUGUGGCUCUAUGAGCAACCCCAAACUUCGCUCCUUUUUCAACACCCAAGAAUGCAACAAUUUGUUGAAUCCUGCGUUGUAUUUAAAAUACAUUGCUGGAUGGGAUCAUACGGCGCUAGUUCGCCAAAGGGCACUCACCUAUGGGGACCUCAUGCCGACAUCCAGAAAUUCAUUCUGCCCCUUCCCUGCAAAACCUGGGCACCCCUUGUAACCAAAAAGACUUUGGCAGACGGGCGUGUUCAGGUUUCGGGAAAUUCAGACCUGAAAGGUUCUCAGGCGUAUCCACCGGCUUUUGGUCAUGCCACGGUGGGUGUUUGGAAAAUGGCAGUUGAAAGACCAUUGCCCCCUGUGAAGAAGCUUCCAAAAAUUUGGGGGGGCAAAGUUGACAAGUGGCCUGACGCAGACUUGUCCGAUGUAUUCCAGUUUCUAUCCAUGGGCACCAUGAAGUGA